AAAAUUGAUCAUUUUAGGGCUUUACUUUGGAACACAUACACGUGUACGCCACGUCAAAGAGCGAAGCGAUGACAUGGAAUGGAAUAUGCAGUUAUACCUGCAUUAGGGCUUUUCCACGCGGAAAAAGAGGUGCGCGCGCGACGAAGUCCCAGAUCUAGAGUUCUCGCGAUCACAAGUUAGGGUUCUUCGAUCUGGGAUCUCUCAGCCACUAGGGUAACAGCAAUCUUCUCAUCGCCGCAAGGGCCAUGGCGGCCAUUCCUAGGGUCAGCAUCCUCGGCGUGAUUCUAGCCCUGCUCCUGCCGCUGCUGGCCGUGGCCGAGAUCAAGAGCACCAAGAUCAAGGACGAUGGCCGCCCGCUCAUCAUGUUCGAGAAAUUCGGCUUCACGAACCGCGGCGAGGUGGGGAUCUUCGUGUCCGAGGUCCACGUCUCGUCCGACGCCGAUCUCUCGCUCAUGGGCUUCUUCCUCAGCACCGAGGAAGCGCUCCUCCAGGUCUUCGCCGACGUCGAGAAGCAGCCGAACCAGUGCAUCCUCGCCAAUCCCAAGAUCCGCGCCUUGCUCCGCCUCAACGAGGUCGAUGGCCGCGGCGGGACUUACAACAACACCUUCCCGGUGGCCGAUGGCAACGAGUACUCGCUCUUCUUCAUCAAUUGCCACGCUCACUCGCAGGUCUCGAUGAUCGUGGAGACUUCCAUGUACAACUUGGAGGGCAGUGUCAAGGAUUUCCUCCCGGCCGGCCAGACCCAGCUCCCAGCGCUGUUCUUCACCUUCGCGCUCGUCUACAUCGCGCUCACGGCCCUCUGGAUCUACUUCUGCGCCAAGCACAAGGAGACCACGCACAGGAUCCACAUCCUCAUGGGAGUUCUUCUCGCGCUCAAGGUGCUCAACUUGCUCGCCGAGGCCGAGGACAAGAGCUACAUCAAGAAGACCGGCACCGCGCACGGCUGGGACGUGAUCUUCUACAUCUCGGGUUUCCUCAAGGGUGUGAUGCUCUUCACGGUGAUCGUCCUGGUCGGGACCGGGUGGUCGUUCCUCAAGCCAUUUCUCCAGGACAAGGAGAAGAAGGUGUUGAUGGUGGUGAUCCCGCUCCAGGUGUUUGCAAACGUUGCCUCGAUCGUGAUCGACGAGACCGGGCCGGCGACCAAGAGCUGGUUUACCUGGCGCCAGCUCUUCCUGUUGCUCGAUAUCAUCUGCUGCUGCGCCAUCCUCUUCCCCAUCGUCUGGUCGAUCAAGCACUUGAGAGAGGCCUCUCACUCGGAUGGAAAGGCCGCCAGGAACCUCGUCAAGCUCACGCUCUUCCGCCAGUACUACAUCGUCGUCGUGACUUACAUCUACUUCACCCGGAUCGUGGUGUUUGCGCUGACAACGAUCACGCCAUACCAGUACCGAUGGUCGAGCAGCUUCGCGGCCGAGGCCGCGACUCUGGCAUUCUAUCUCUUCACUGGCUAUAAGUUCCGGCCGGUCGUCCACAACCCGUACUUUGUGCUGGACGACGAGGAGGAGGAGGCCGCGCAAGAAGCUCUCAAGGACGACGAUUUCGAUCUCUAGAAAGUGUGUGACGAUCGAUGGUGGUAAGUUUUGCUCCUGGAAAGUCAGAAAGAAGAAAAGCUCCACAGAGAUUUAUUUGCAAUCUAUCGAGUUCUUUCAA